AUGUCCGCUUUUAACAACUAUUGCGUAGUUUGUGAUAAAUUGAUCGGUGCCAGUUCAAAUUUCUCAGAGGAAGAGAAGCUGUACUGUUCCAAAGCGUGUGCACUUAAUGAUGAGACAAUAUUAUUAAAUGGAAACACUGUCGUUGGUAAAGAAAAUGUAGAAUAUCAAGAAAGCCCUACGGAUUCUAUUGAUGCACCAAUCAUAACUAUAACCACAUCAAUAGAAGAGAAUGUUUCGACGACAGUAUUACAGCAGGAUGAUUCAAUUAUCACAUCGCCUUUAUUUGUGCCAAUAAAUACAAAUGACAGCGAUAGUCUGUUUGCUAAAGAUUAUUUGAUUUCUUCGAUGGAACUACCUAAGCCUAUAUACAUACCAAAGUUGCAAGGAAACUCUGUAUGUGGCCAGCCGCAGUCGUCUACUGAUAAUACCGCUGAAAACAACUAUAAAUUAUGGUUGAAUAACAAGAUGAUCCAAUAA